AGUCCUUUAUCCAAAAGAGGCAUAAACAACGUCCGGCUUUCAUGGUGGCCCAAUAAAGGCACAUUGCGUCUCAUGGGUUCAAAGUCCUCUUGGGAGCAAAGUCCGAACAACAAGCAUCAUGCUGUUACUGCAGCUCAGGCUCCACUGGAGGAGAAAACUUGAGAGAGAAGAAGCAGAAGAAAAACGUCCUCUUUCGUGCCCCCCUUUCGGCCCUGUGGGAACCAGCAGGAACGCCCCUGGAUUAAGUCCCCGCCUUUAAACUCAAAUAAGUGGGAAACUUCAAAGGGACGUCGGGCGCCGUAGCUCCGCCCCCCCCGGCGGCUUCACAAAGGUUUUGCCUACGUUCGGGAAUUCCGCCUCCACUUCCUUUUAUAGCGCCACUCGUGCGCUGGCACGGCGCCAAGGCCACGCCCACCGCGGCUACUUUCCCAACACAAAGGACUCCGUGAAACUCGCUAGCUCCGCCCCCUCGCCAAAUAAGGACAGGCGGCCCAUGUAGGGCAAACAAUCGGCGCCAGAUUGCUCUUUCUCUUCCUCAUCCAGUUUAUAUGAUCGGAGCGGCUCGGCGAGGCAGGUCGGAAGCGGUGCGAACAUGGCCGAGCGAGUCCAGCAGCCUCCAGCCAAGCGGCUCUGCUGCCGGCCCGGCUACAACCUGGCGUGCAGACAGGGGCAACGGGCUGGAGGAGUCCUGUGUGGCGGCGGCUCGGGCUCCGGCUCCGGCUCCGCUCCGGGAGGGUCGGGGCAAAGCGGCAAGGCGCACAACCCGGAGUCGCUGCUCGACAUCGCGGCGCGCAGGGUAGCCGAGAAGUGGCCCUUCCAGCGGGUGGAGGAGCGCUUUGAAAGGAUCCCGGAGCCCGUCCAGCGCCGGAUCGUAUACUGGUCGUUUCCGAGGAGCGAGAAGGAGAUCUGUAUGUACUCGUCUUUCAACGCCGGGGCCGAGGAGAGUGGAACUAGCGGGGACAAUAACGACGAGACCCAGCUGCCCUUCCUGCGAGGUGUCACUCUGCUGGAGGGCGGCUGGGUGGACAACGUACUGCAAGUCGGUUUCCACCUAAGUGGCACAGUAACGGACCCCGCCACUCCUUCCACCCCAGAACUCGUAUGCAGCGUCAGCGUCAGCUUCGACCGCUGCAAGAUCACGGCAGUAACGUGCACGUGCGGCAACAAGGACAUCUUCUACUGCGCCCACGUGGUGGCACUGUCACUUUACCGAGUGCGCAAACCCGAGCAGGUCAAACUGCACCUGCCCAUUUCGGAAACCCUGUUCCAGAUGAGCAGGGACCAGCUGCAGAAGUUCGUACAGUAUCUAAUUUCGGUUCACCACACCGAAGUGUUGCCUACUGCGCAGAAACUGGCGGACGAGAUCCUGUCUCAAAACUCUGAGAUCAACCAAGUUCAUGGUGCCCCGGACCCUACUGCAGGCGCCAGCGUAGAUGAUGAGAACUGCUGGCAUUUGGAUGAGGAGCAGGUUCAGGAACAAGUCAAACUCUUCUUGUCCCAGGGAGGAUACCACGGCUCAGGCAAGCAGCUCAACCUGCUAUUCAGCAAGGUGCGAGAGAUGCUGAAGAUGCGUGACUCCAACGGAGCGAGAAUGUUAACACUUAUCACAGAACAAUUCAUGGCCGACCCUCGGCUGGCACUGUGGAGACAGCAAGGCACCACCAUGACAGACAAGUACAGACAGCUCUGGGACGAGCUGGGCGCCCUGUGGAUGUGCAUCGUACUGAACCCGCAUUGCAAGUCCGAGCAGAAGAUGUCGUGGCUGCGGCAGCUGCGCCGGUGGAACAGUGUGGACGUCUGCCCCUGGGAGGAUGGAAACCACGGCAACGAGCUGCCCAACCUCACCCACUCGCUGCCCCAGGGUGCCCAUGGCAACCAAGACAUGCGACCCCACAGGACCGUGUUCACGCGGGCCAUCGAGGCCUGUGACCUGCACUGGCAGGACCGGCACCUGCAGCACAUAAUAGCCAGUGACCUCUAUGCCAACUACUGUUUAAUGGACAACCAAGAGGGCUCACUCUUCGACUCGCGCGGCUGGCCCCUUGUGGCAUGCACGUCCCCCACAGCCUGCGCCAGGGUGGAUGCGCUGCGUUCCCACGGAUACCCCAGAGAAGCCCUCCGACUAGCCAUCGCCGUGGUGAACACGUUACGGCGGCAACAGCAGCGGCAACUUGAGCACUUCCGCCGACACAAGAAGGAGUUGCUCCUCAAGGGCCACACUUCCAUUACCAACAUGGAGGGCUGGGUGGGACAUCCCUUGGACCCCAUCGGCACUCUCUUCAGCACCCUGACCGAGUCGGGACGAGUAGGAGAAGAGGGAUCCAAUAUCUGCUUGGACCUCUCAGACUGCUCCAGUGUGGUGACUCGAGCAGACCUCCAGCGAAUGCCCGUGCAGAGACUGCUGGGCGAUGGCGAGUCGUACGUGGCACUGGCGGUCGAGACGGCUCUGAUUGGCCUGGGCCAGCAGCGGGUGAUGCCGGACGGGCUGUACGCUCAGGAGAAGGUGUGUCGCAACGAGGAGCAGCUGUUGGCCAAGCUUCAGGAGGUGGAGCUGGACGACUUGCUAGUAAAGAUCUUCCGCAAGCAAGCCGUUUUUCUGCUAGAAGCCGGUCCCUACUCUGGUCUUGGAGAGAUCGUCCAAAGAGAGAGUGUUCCCAUGCACACCUUCGCCCGCUAUCUCUUCACCUCCCUCCUACCUCAUGACGCUGAACUGGCGUACAAAAUUGCACUGAGAGCCAUGCGGUUGCCCGUGUUGGAGUCGACGGCGUCAUCCGGCGACCUGUCUAGGCCUCACCACAUUGUGUCGGUGGUGCCCAACCGCUACCCGCGCUGGUUCACCCUCAGCCACAUCGAGUCUCAGCAGUGUGAGCUGGCCUCCACCAUGCUCACUGCGGCCAAAGGUGACAGUCGCAGGCUGGAGACGGUGCUGGAGUCCAUUCAGAAAAACAUCCACUCCUCGUCUCACAUCUUCAAACUGGCGCAGGACGCGUUCAAGAUCGCCACUCUGAUGGACAGCCUGCCUGACAUCACGCUGCUAAAAGUCGCCCUGGAGCUCGGACUGCAGGUGAUGAGAAUAACUCUGUCCACGUUAAACUGGAGGCGACGGGAAAUGGUGCGCUGGUUAGUCACAUGUGCCACUGAAGUUGGCGUGUACGCGCUGGACAGCAUCAUGCAGAGCUGGUUCACCCUCUUCACCCCCACUGAGGCCACCAGCAUCGUGGCGACCACGGUCAUGUCCAACAGCACCAUCGUGCGCCUGCACCUGGACUGCCACCAGCAGGAGAACCUGGCCUCGUCAGCCCGCACCCUGGCCCUGCAGUGCGCCAUGAAGGACCCCCAGAACUGCGCACUGUCGGCCCUCACCCUCUGCGAAAAGGACCACAUUGCCUUCGAGACAGCCUACCAGAUUGUACUGGACGCCGCCGCCACGGGGAUGAGCUACACGCAGCUGUUCACCAUCGCCCGCUACAUGGAGCACCGCGGCUACCCCAUGCGGGCGUACAAGCUGGCUACGCUGGCCAUGGCCCACCUGAACCUCAGCUACAACCAGGACACGCACCCCGCCAUCAACGACGUGCUUUGGGCGUGCGCACUCAGCCACUCGCUGGGCAAGAACGAGCUGGCCGCCGUCAUCCCCCUGGUGGUGAAAAGCGUCAAGUGCGCCACGGUGCUCUCGGACAUUUUGCGGCGGUGCACGCUGACCACGCCGGGCAUGGUGUCGGCGCUGCACAGCCGCAGGAACUCCGGCAAGCUGAUGUCGCUGGACAAGGCGCCGCUCAGGCAGCUGCUGGACGCCACCAUCGGGGCCUACAUCAACACCACGCACUCGCGCCUCACGCACAUCAGCCCGCGCCACUACAGCGAGUUCAUCGAGUUCCUGGGCAAGGCGCGCGAGACGUUCAUGAUGGCGCACGACGGACACAUCCAGUUCACUCAGUUCAUAGACAACCUGAAACAGAUCUACAAGGGCAAAAAGAAACUAAUGAUGCUGGUCAGGGAGCGCUUCGGCUGAGCUCGCACUCGUACUUUUUUUUUUUAUUUUUUUUAUCAAGUCUGCCUUUUCAACUUCCUUUGGACUACUCGUAAUAAGAGGACGUAGAAAAAAAAACUCAACAAAGCCACACGCGGUAUUAUCGUUCUUGCUGUUGUUAUGGUUACAAACAUUAUUACUAUUAUUAUUAAUAAUAAUAAUAAUAUUACUACUAUGUGUACAGAAGUGUUUUUAUUUUUCACAAGGGAGGAAAUUGGUCACGUUGUGAAUGUUGUGCGUACUUCUCUACAUGUGUAUGAAAGGAAAAUGACUUUUUUUGUGAUUGAAACAUCUUUUUCUUUCUGUGUGUGGCUGAAGGCCUUGUAACAAGCAGCGCUCAUGUUCAAAACAACGACAGAACUGCAUCUUUUGAAGAGAAAACUAAGGCUUUAAUAACACACAGAGCAACCUCCCCGUUUGGCCCUCGGGGUCCCACCAGGGGACACCAGACAGCACUGCACAGCUUCGCUAGGCCCCGAAAGCCAUCGUCAGCAUUUUUUUUUUCCCGGACAGCAGCACUUGAACCAUUAAUUAGCUCUUAGAACCAACACACACACACACACCAAUGCUCUUCGUAACCACCUGUAAUAAUGUGACGCAUGCAGCUACCUACAGUCAUUACAUCUUAUAGUAUAGACUCACUGGACACACUAUUAGGUACACCAGCAAUACACAUGUAUCAAAAAUCGGCCUUUGACAAAGAUAUAUGCUCAGUUUUGAUUGACAGUCAGAUGUAUUUAUUCAACCUUAUGAGAAGCCAAAUUUUACAAGUAUUUUCGGAUGUCUGAAAACAUAAUUGUUAAGAGAAUCUGGAUGUCCAUGCCUGUCAUCAAACUGUGUCAAUACAUGACAUGAAACCAAAAACGCCCCCUAGUGGCUGUGAGCAGCAUAGUGGGUGACUGUAUUUGAAUGUCCUGCAAGUUCAGUAUUUUGGUAACCAAGCAGUGUUUUGGCAGAUAUGUAUUAAGUCACAUGCACAUUUGGUGUUUUAACUACAAUUUUAAUAAUCGCUGUUUAUUAAAAUUGGAAAUAUAAUUUCAAAUAAAAAUAUAGAAGUUAGUACUGUUAAAUGAUAAAAAAUGUGUAAAUCAAAGUAAUCCUACUUUCAAUUUCACAGGUUAUUCAACUUAAAAGGACACUAAUGCCAUUCAAUUGUCAAAAUGUUUUGUUUUUUUAUCUUUUACUUUAAGAAUUUCAUUUAUUUGUUCAAAACUCGGUUACUGUUGUAUCUAAAGCAGGCCUGUGCAAUUAUUUUGACUCGAGGGCCACAUUUACAGAAAAAAAAGUGUCUGGCGGCCGGUAUAUCUAUUUUUAGGAACACUAAUACAAAACCUCACAAUAAAAUCUGAAUGCUAAAUACGUUACGACAGACCGCUUUAAAAACGUAAUGGAAAUUUAAAUUUUUAUAUGAACGAUAAAACACAGAAUAUUGACAAAAUAUCAACGUCGCACCCCUUUUCGAUCGACAUAUUAUCAAGUGAAACACAACAAAAAUGCAACAAACAGUGAAAUAUGAACGUGAAGGGUACAAAAUAAACCCACCUACAAUCUGAUAUAUCACUAAGCUUUAGAACGUUGUUGUGAAAAUCUCCUUCCGCGUCUGUGGAAACGCUUCCCACACACACUGCUUGGUGCCUCGUCUGAGCUGCUGUGACGUACAUGACCAUAGUAACUCAUUAGAUUAACAUAGUAACUAAUUAGAUUACCAUAGUAACUAGUAUAUCAUCCAAAAGCGCAGAUUCCAACCAUUGAAAUACUUUGUACAGUUGAAGACUUACGGUCAUUAGAAAACAUAACUGCACAUCAUAAAGGCAGCUACACUUUCCAUCUUAAAGAUCUAAAAAAAAAUUUGUGAAUGUCCGACGGGUCAGAUUGAAAAGCUUAACGGGUCGCAUGUGGCCCCCGGCCUGAUCUAAAGUCUAUUUGGGGUGCAUUUUGUCCUGAAAUAUGUCAGCCAGCAGACUUCUGCACUGACCACUGAGCGUAUAACAACCCACGCUGCCUUUUCCUGUGGUUAAUGUAAAGUAACAUGUACGGUCAAAAAUUUACAAAAAAAAAAACAAAACUAAUUAAAUCUGCGUAUUGACCUGAUGCACACAAUAUUUCAAUUUUUUUUUGUGAUUAAUUGCAUGAGUUAAGAAUGUUGUCUAUCUGUGUUGGCCCUGUGAUGAGGUGGCGACUUGUCCAGGGUAUACAGCCGCCUUCUGCCCCAAUGCAGCUGAGAUAGGCUCCAGCAUCCCCCGAACCCCAAAAGGGACAAGGGGUAGAAAAUGGAUGGAUGGAAGUGGUAAUUUUUAACUGCCCUAAUAGAAAUAAGAAUAAAAGCUGUUAGGUGACAGUAUGUAUUUUCUUAGUAUUACUGUUCAACAAAAUGCAUGUGGAAUUUUUCUUUUUCCGUAUUUUUUGUGUUUAUUAUACUAUUUAUUUUGUGGGCUUUUCCCCCCCAACAAAGGCCAUGUAUCUCAGAAUCCGAAUUGUUUUUAUUGCCAUUUUUUUGAAAACGGGUUCACAAACUAGGAAUUGUUCUUGGUGUAAUGGUGCAACAUAAAACACACAUAUACCACAGAAUAGAAUAACAUCAGCUUUAACUGAGCUAUUGUUAUUGUUCAUGUGCCUGAUAGCCAAGGGGAAAACAAAUUUUUUGUUUGAAUGUUCACAACACUCAAAAAUCUCCCCAAUCGUCACGACGGGACGCGGCAAAAAGUCGGCCGUUGCGGCUGUCAAUCCAAAGUGAACAUAUGAGCAUCAAUGGUGCAUUUAAUCUCAUUAGGUUCAGUGCAUGUGUACCUAAUGGAGUGGGUGUUGUUUUAUGAACAUAAUGGCUUUGCAUGGGGGGGGGGGGGGUCGCUACCUCAUGAUGCAGUGUGGAACAUGCUCCCAAUUUAAAUGUGCUGUCAGGAUAUUUGUCACCAGUCGUCAUCAAUCUAGGGCGGGGCUAGCCGAGGGGGGGGGGAAUGUGCAUCACUCCCAUCCCACCCAUCGUCCACAAAUAGGCCAGUGUCAUUGUUUAUGCCCCCACCCCCCCCCACCCACCCCACCACUAUCUCUCUCUCUGUGUGUCAUAGCAAUGAGACUUUCUACUGUUAAAACCUUCACUAAUUGUCCACCGAAAUGUUCUCAGGGAUUUUUCUUCACAAUAAGGGAAAAACAAAAGCGAAAAGGCGGAACAAAAAGACUGACUGCAGGAAAAUUGAAAAAAUAAAAAAAAAACUAGACAUGAGCGAGCAUUUAUUGUACUCUGUAUAUAUGCCAUAGUAUAUGUCUGAAUAUGGAGGAUCUGAAAGUAUAUGUUGACUAAUUUAUACAGAGUAUUCUAUGUAAUGUGAAAUACUUGAAGCCGCUGUAGUUUGCUCUCUCUCUUUCUCUCUCUCGCUCACUUGCUUUCUUUUGUUUUUGUCAUGUGAUGGAACAUAUCAUGUUGGGGGGGUGAUGUCUGACUUCAUUCCUGCUGACUCCAGCAAAGAGGAGAAAGGAGGUCAAAGCUGGGUGAUGGAUAAAGCGCUUUAAAGAGAAGGACUAAUAAUACGAGUCAGAUGAAUGGAUCGUCCCUCUGCAGUGAAACUACUUGUCUCAUAUCAGUCAGCAAGCCGUCGAAAGAAAGGACAUUUUGUAUUGUUUGUAGAUUUUUUUUUUUUUUUUUUCGGUGUCUUGACAACAGAAAGAAGUGCAGCCUUUUUCUCUUGCCUUGUCUUCUUAACGCUUUAAAGUAACCAAACAGGAAGUUCUGUCUAACAACCAAACGCGUUCAAAGAGGUGAGAGGCGACCCACCUUGGUCCAGCUUUAGUGUCCUUAAUUAGUAAAGCGAAUGGCUGUGUUAGUAAACUCUUCUUGCUUUAAACGACAAAGCAAAACUCCUCACGUGUGUCUGCUGGUGGUUAAAAAAAGACAAAAAAAAAAAAAAGUAUGUUGGUCAUGUCCAGUGUCUCAACAAUUUCCUCUUGAGUCUUUCUAGCCGUUUUUGUUUGUUCGUGUAGGACGCUCUCCCCUUUUUAUUUAUUACCAUGACCCAUGUAUACAUGCUUAUGAAAAUCAAAUUUGAUACACCGAUAUCAGUUUAUUUAUGUAACUAAAUCACUGUUUUAUAAUCUUGGUAAUGAGUCAAUUAUUGAUUUUGUUUUAUUUUAUUUUUUUGAUUUUGUUUUAAUAAAAGGGGUCAUAUUAUGA